AUGCCCGUAGCUGUUGCCACGACAACGGCGACGGCGCCUCAGAGGUGCUUGAUUGGUCCUGAAGCGUUUGGGGAUGUGAAAGGUAAGAUCCUGACCGACGAUUUUGCGGACAAGGAGGGGCUGGAGAUGGGCGACGAGUAUUUUGCCAACCUGGACCACAUCGAGAGCGUGGAGAAGUACAAGGAGGGCUACGAGAGUGACGCCAAGUGCUCGUCCGACAGCAGCGGCGUGGACCUGAAGGAGGAGCACGAGAACAGCGGCAGCGAGGCGGAGGAGUCCAGCUCGGACAGCUCCGACCAGAACUUCGGCAACGACGACGCCUACGUGCCCAGCUCGGUCUGGCGCAGCUACGUGACCCGCACCAAGAGCCGUGAGCAGAAGGAGAACGGCUCGGAGGCAGGCCUCGCCCGCCAGGCCAGCCAGGAGGAGCCUGCGGCCUGCAAGCUGCCCUUCACCGAGGAGACGGCCAAGAACAAGGUGGCCUCGUGGCUCAGCGCCCUGCGGGUGGAGGACUCCACCGUGGACUCCGACAGCCGCUCCUCCUUCAAGUUGGCCGAGGGCGGCGGUGGCGGUGCCGGUGCCGCUGGCGCCGCCGGCGACCCCAAGGCGCCCAAGGACGAGGCGCCCAGGGACGACGCCGGCCGGGACGACGCCAAGAGGGCCCCCAAGGAGGAGCUGCCCCCCCCCAAGGGCGAGGAGGGCGUCAAGGAGGAGUCCAAGCCCGCCGAGGCGCCGGCGGCGGCCAGGCCGCAGGGGAAGCAGGAGGGGGAAAAGAAAGACCCCAAGGCCGAGCCACCCGAGGUCAUUAACAUCAAGAAUCCAGAUGCACCGGCUCACCUCAAAAUAUCUUCGCCGUUUGACAAUUCUUCCCGGAACUUCGGCUACAACCCCAGGCCGGCCCGGAGCGAGGGCAUCCGCAGACCCGUCAGCAAGACCACCCUGCUCCAGGCAAGGCGUAACUCUGCCCCGGUGCCCGUGUCCAAAGACGAGGUGAUGACGCUGUCGAGCAGCUCUGACAGCGAGAUGGACACCGGCACCCAGACCAGCGGCAGCCGCAAGCAGGCGCAGGGCCAGGCACCCGCUGCCGGCAACGACAGCGACGACAUCCAGACCAUCUCCUCAGGCUCCGACGAGGCCUACAGCAAGAAAGACGAGGUCGAUCCGAAGGAUGCAGACAGCGCCAACAAAAGGCAGGUGGCAGUCAAAUCGACCCGGGGCUUCGCCCUGAAGUCGACCCACGGGAUAGCGGUCAAGGCCAGCAACAUGGAGAAGGGCGAAGGAGGCAACGGGCGCAAGAGCACCCGGCAGUUCUACGACGGCGAGGAGUCUUGCUACAUCAUCGACGCGAAACUGGAGGGCAACCUGGGGCGCUAUCUGAACCACAGCUGCAGCCCCAACCUCUUUGUGCAGAACGUCUUUGUGGACACGCACGAUCUCCGCUUCCCGUGGGUUGCCUUCUUCGCCAGCAAGAGAAUUCGUGCUGGGACCGAGCUGACCUGGGACUAUAACUACGAGGUGGGGAGCGUGGAGGGCAAACAGUUGCUGUGCUGUUGUGGCUCUACAGAAUGCAGGGGACGCCUGCUCUAGACCCGCCCGCCUGCUCCAACACACUUCCUCGUCCAUCUCAAGCUCGGGGAGGGCGAUGGGAGGCUCUCCCCCGACCUCCAGCCCUGCCCCGGACACCUUUGGAAGGACUCGCCCUUGGACAUUACGUGGAAUCGACCAGAUCCUCCCUCCCUUCCUUCCCCAUCUCGGCUCCUGAUUGUGUGAGCAGCAAAUCCCCUCUGCCAUCCCGGGUGGCUUCUUCCUGCUGAUCGGACGGCCCUUGUGGGUGGUGGGGGGGGGGGGGUUCCCCCUUUCCACCCGCACCUCCCACCCCCCAACGCCUGUGGUUCCGGAAAAGAAGUACCUGCCAUGUCGAGCAAGGGGCCUCAGACUUAAUGCGGACACUUGCUGAAGAGCUGUGGGUGUGAUCUGCUCCCUUCCACACACACACACAAACACCGCGCCCCCCCCCCCCCCCCACCCCC